GAAAACACGGGGAGAGCAAGGGAUAGGAUAGGAAGAGAAGUAGAGAGAGAAGGAGAGGAUGCAGCUGCUGGCUCUUUGCUGCAGGGCCUCGCUACUGCUGCUCUUCAUGCCGUGGGCUGGUGGUGAAAAUGAUGCGGAGCUGCAGUCCUUGCAGGAGCUCUUGGAGGCUUUGGAGAAGCUCCAGGAGGAGGAAGGGGCACCAGCCCUGGAAGAUGAGCUGGGUGCUGGGGCUGAAACUGGUGGCUCUGAGUGGGAUCUCCCAGGGUUAGAAAGCAGCCUGGUGGGUGCCCUGCUGCCAGCCCCCAGCCCUCCCCAACCGGCAGAGGGGCAGAGCCAUUGGAGGAGCCUCCUCUCCUCCUACGGACGGAGGCACUUCUCCGGCUGCUUUGGGACGAGGAUGGAGAGGAUCGGCGCGCAGACGGGGCUGGGAUGCAACCACUACAAAGCCCGUUUCUGGAGGAGAAGGAGAAGCUGAAACCGGGACUGGCUCUCAAGCACUGGUCUUGUCCCUCUACUGGACAGCCAGCUUCUGGAGAUUGGGGUAUACAGCAAUAAACCUUUUGUACGAAGCCUC